UGAAUGCUAGCGGUAGCAUUUUAAAGAGCAAAGCAAAUAUAUGUAAUAUAAAACAUUACUUUGCAAGAAAAGAUGAUAAAAACUGUGAGGUAGUGAGUUAUAAUGAGGAGUUAAAUGCUCAAGAAAAUCACUUGAACGUCUCAAAAUUACUCAACACGAUUAUUGGGGAAGAGAAUAAGAAUUAUGAUGCAGAUUUUAAGAGGAUAAAGAUAUUAAAUGAUGAAACGAAGAUGGUAGAGCUUGGUAGCCAUCGAGAAAAUAUUAUGCCUUCUAAUCCUAAUAUUUCAGCUGUAAUUGACAAAGUAGGACUGUUAAUUGAGAAAGAUAAUGAAUUGACAGUAGAGACUGUAAUUUCUAAGAAAAAUGAUGCAAAUCUAUUUCUUCCCACCAACAGAAUAUGGAAAAUUUAUCAUUCUGAACGUUUUCAUUUUCCGAUCAAGAAAAGAUAUCCAAAAAAUGAUAAUGGUGUAAUGGGAGAUAAUUUUUCUACCGAGCGGAUUAUUGGUGAUGGAAAUUGUCUCUUCAGAUGUAUAAGCAAAGAAGUUUGUGAUGACGAAUGCCACUACGAUUUUCUGAGACAGCAAUGCAUUCUCUUUAUGAGAAGCAAGGAUAUUGUUGAGCAGAUGGAGGGGUUUUUGAGAGAACCCGUUGACAAAUAUUUGGAGAGAACACGCAUGGCUCAAAAUGCAACUUAUGGAACAGAGGUGGAGAUAGUUGCAUUGGCAACUAUGCUUCAAACAAAUAUAAUUAUCCAUACCAUUUAUAAAUGGGCAUAUUACACACCAAUUAAAAAAUUAAGUUACAUUAAAAAAUUUAAUUUGAAUAUAUAUUUAAGAAAUUAUCGCGAACAUUUUGACCGCAUAAUAAAUUUUAAUUAAUCUUUAUAACGCAUGUCUUAUUUACAUCGCACAUCUUUAUAACGCAUGUCUUAUUUAUAUCGCAUAUCUUAUUUAUACCGUAUAUCUUAUUUAUAUCCCAUAUCUUUAUAUCGCUUAUCUUUAUAUCGCAUAUCUU